AUGUUAGUACCAUUAUAUGAUCCUUCUACAAUUUUUACGGCCAAACCUAAUCCUACUCCCACUCCUACUCCUACUCCCGUUUCAACAACGAUUUCUAUUUCACAAAAUUCCACCCCUACUUCUGAAAGUACUUCACCAAUAAAACAGACAUACUCAUAUAGUGGACCUCCAAAGAGUUAUUAUUCAAGAUUACCAUUAUAUGACAGACCUUUCAAAUGUGAUCAGUGCCCUCAAAGUUUUAACCGGAACCACGACCUCAAGCGGCACAAAAGGAUCCAUUUGGCCGUGAAACCUUAUCCUUGCCAAUAUUGUGAAAAACAAUUCAGUCGAAAGGACGCGCUUAAAAGGCACGUCCUUGUUAAGGGCUGUAACAAUACAUCGAAUAAGAAAUCAACUUCGUCUAAUAAUAAUAACGGUAAUAAUAACAACAAUAAUAAAAAUGUUAUUGAAUCGUCAUCAAAUUCUUCGAUUUCUACAACAACAAUAGAAAAUUAUGUUGAUAAUGGAGAUUCGAUAAAGACCGAACCAACAAACGAUAAUGGUUUUGGGAUUUCGAUAUAA